UUGGAGAAAGACGUCCAGAGAGUGGCUGAACGAUGGGAUAGUUUGAGUCGAGAGGCGAAAGAAAGACAAAAGGAGUUGGAGACCACUCAGAGUGAGUCACAACAGUGUGAAAGACAAUUGCUUUCCGUUUUGCGUUGGAUUCAAAGCGUGGAAUUCGAGCUCAAGAAUAGACUCGACAACGAAGUGUUGGCCGAAGACCUGCCCGAAGAAGUGGAUAAAAUGGAAAAGGAGUUCGACUCGUAUGCCAACACAUUGAUUGCCCUCAAGAGCUAUACAGACAAAUACCGUCUUCAGGAUAGAAAUGAAGCAGCGGUUCGUUUGGAGGAACAGACGGAACUGAUUCAGCAACGAUACGACGAACUGCUGAAUAACUUCAAGCAAUACAAGACUUCUGGCUCUGAGUUGAAAGUAAUGAAAGCGACCUAA